UCAGCAGAGAAGCGGGACGAGGCGGCGACAACCGAUGGCGCGGCCGCGGGCUGGUGGGGGCCCCUCAGUCCCGGCCAAGAAGCCCGGCCCCGCUCGGGCCUCGGCUCCUCGACAAGCGACUCGCGCCCCUGGGAAGCCGCAGCCUCGGACCACCCUUGCGCUUCUCGCCCGGCGCCGCCGGAAAGCGGCGUCUCCAGUGCCUGCCGGAAAGCAACCCGGCCCGGCAUUUUACGACGUUCGCGGCGCUCCCCCUCUUUCCGCUCCACUGAAACCUCCGCGCGGCCGGGUGCGGGCGGAGUCUUCCUCGAUCCCGUGGUGCUCCGCGGCGCGGCCUGGCUCUCUUCCGGUCGCGGGACACCGGGAGUAGAGGGCAGUCGCGGCGGGCAGCGACGGCAGAAUGUUGGCUACCAGGGUAUUUAGCCUAGUUGGCAAGCGAGCAAUUUCCACCUCGGCGUGUGUACGGGCACACGGAAGUGUUGUGAAGAGCGAAGACUAUGCGCGCCCAAGUUAUGUGGAUCGGCGUGACUAUCCCUUGCCUGACGUGGCCCAUGUCAGGCACCUGUCAGCCAGCCAGAAGGCCUUGAAGGAGAAGGAGAAGGCCUCCUGGAGCAGCCUCUCCAUGGAUGAGAAAGUCGAGUUGUAUCGCAUUCAGUUUAAGGAGAGCUUUGCUGAGAUGAACAGGGGCUCCAACGAGUGGAAGACGGUUGUGGGUGCGGCCAUGUUCUUCAUCGGCUUCACAGCGAUUCUUGUCAUCCUGGAGAAGCGCUAUGUGUACGGCCCCCUCCCGCACACCUUUGACAAAGAGUGGGUGGCCAUGCAGACCAAGAGGAUGCUGGACCUGAAGAUGAACCCCAUCGACGGCCUCGCCUCCAAGUGGGACUACGAGAAGAAGGAGUGGAAGAAGUGAGAGAUGCUGUCCUGUGCCGAGCCAGGCUGUCACCUCCACGCGGCCCCAUGCCUCUACUGGAAACCUGUCAUGCCAAACAGUACCACUGCUAAUAAAUGACCAGUUUACCUGAAA